UUAGAUUAUAAGUGACCUAAUUCACAUUUCUUGUAAAGGAGGAUGUGGAAACAUGCGUACAUAUGACAAAACUGAGCAGGAAACACAUCUGCCCCAACAGAGAGGUACCUCAGUUUGUUCUCUCUUUUUUAAACUUGCAUUUACUUUCCAUUUCGGACUGUACAGAACCAGUUUCACUUUCAGAUGUGGAAUGAGGAAGAGGACAGACUGAGGCUCACCGACAAAUGUUUCAGGAAGACCAAAUGAGAGAAGGAGCCUCGAUUGCUGGUAUUCGUAGUUUGGGCGUUACAAGCAGCUCGGGUCUGAACUGGAAUCCUGGAGCAUGGAAGCCGAUGUGAAAGAAGCCCUUCUGCCAUGGAACGUUUGCUGAAGCAGCGUACGGAGAUUCUGCGUGCUCUCUGCAGCGGUGGCUCUGCUGAACAACUGGAAAGCAUUCUGGACGUUCUGCUGUCUAAGGAGGAGAUCACAUGGGAGGACUACCAGAACAUACAGGUUACAGGAAGACCACUGAACAGCAACGCCAGACAACUGCUCGACCUGGUUUACACAAAGGGUGCAGACACCUGUGAGCUCUUCCUCGCUGCUCUCAAACAGAUUCUACCCAAAGAGCAGGGGGCAGCUCUGCACUUCUUAGAACGCUCAUCCACUUUGGACGAACUUGAAGACACUCAGGGAACAUGGACGGAGAUGGUCCUAAGACAAAGACCCAGUCUGGUCUGGAAGCUGCAGGGAUGCGUUCAUGAUGCGGUGGAUGCUCUCGUUGAGUCCGGACACUUCUCCUCUGCAGAUGCUAAUGAAGUGCAGCUGCCUGUUUACACCCCAUCUCAACAGGCGAGGCGUCUUCUGGAUCAUGUCAGGUUCAAAGGCGAGUCAGCAUCAAAAACGCUGCUACAGUUCGUUCAGCAAAGUGAAGAACCCCAAUCUUCCCAGAACCAGGACGAGCUCCUCAAUUCUAGAGAGUUCCUAAAGAAGUUUAAGAAGAAGCUGAGAAGCUUCGUGUCAGCGCAGUCCUGUUUUCUCAGUACUUAUGGAAGGACCAGUCACAUGUCUCUUGAGGAUAUUUUUACUGAAGUCCAGCUGGAGUUACCUGACAACAAACCCGUGAGGCUGGAGGACAUAGUCAGUCCUGAGGAUGCAGUGAACGAGGAGGCGGACACGGUUCUGGUGUCCGGGGUGGCAGGAAGUGGGAAGAGCAUCCUGCUGCAGAGGCUACACCUUCUCUGGUCUCAGGGGGUCGCCCUUCAGGACUUUCUCCUUGUGUUCCCGUUCAGCUGCCGCAGGCUGAACUCAGAGCUCAGAGAACUAUCUCUGCAGGAGCUUCUGUUUCAGCACUGCUGCUGGCCGGACAGAGGGCAGGAGGAAAUCUUCCAGUUCAUCCUGGACCACCCGCGACUCAUCCUUUUCACCUUUGAUGGUCUAGAUGAGCUCAAGCAGAGCUUUUCAGACGACCAGAGGCUAUGCUGUCCCACACAGCGUGCGCCUGUACAUGUGCUCUUGUUCAACCUGAUCCAGGGAUCCCUGAUGAAAGGGGUGUGGAAAGUGGUCACCAGUCGUCCAGACGCAGUGGGUCCCGGCUUGAAACAGCACCUUCGCAGAGAAAUCCUCCUGAAAGGCUUUUCUCCGGUAGGCAUUGAGUCCUUUGUGAGACAACAUCACAGAGAUCCCACUGUAGCUGCUAAAGUGAUGGAAUCUCUGCAGGCGAACACAGCUUUGCUGGGAUUGUGUCAUAGUCCAGUUCUCUGCUGGAUAGUCUCCCAGUGUCAUAAAGAGUUGCUUGGCUGUGGGGAGGGGAAACCUCAAACCCUCACAGAUGUUUAUCUGAUGAUCCUGCAGCACUUCUUUCAGCACAAGCAUGUUCUGGAGAACCCCACAGGAGCAGGCUGGCUGCAGGAGCACGUGGAGACGGUCUUGAACCUCGGAAAGCUUGCUUUUGAUGGAAUAUCUACCUCAUGUUACGUCUUUUCUGGCAUUGAUCUAGAGAUGUGUAACGUAGCUGAAAGGGAAAUCUGGACAGGUUUUCUAAUACAAAGCAGAAAUGUUUCCCAAAUCAACGGCAAAUGUUACGAAUUCCUACAUUUGACAAUACAAUGCUUCUUCGCUGCUCUCCAUUUUGUUUUGUCACCUAAUGUUGAGCGUUCAGCUGUGAAGAAACUAUUUGAUCUGUGGGACGCAACAGAAAAAGGACAAAACAGCACGUGCUUCGGCGUCUGCCUGCUGGACAAACGAGGUCGGGCUUUAAAGAAUGACAGGAAUGCAGCAGAAACACCUAAUUUGCAGAUCGUAUCCACCUUUGUGUCUGGACUGCUGUCCCAGCGCCAUAAAAGCUUGUGGCUCCACUACUGUUCUAGCGCUGCGCUGGAGGAGAAAGCCAGACAGGCGGCAAAAAGCCUUUCCAAGGGCAUGCACAGGCACUUCCGGCUGAUCCCCAGACCCGUGCCGGGAGAGAAGAAGAGCAUGCAUGCAUUACCUCAAUUUGUCUGGCUCAUCAAGUGCAUCUAUGAGAUGCAGGACAGCAAGAUUGCUAAAGAUGCGAUGAGUAAGCUGGAGGUGGAUCACCUAAAGCUAACCUACUGCGAUAUUGGCCCAGUAGAAUGCACUGCUCUUGCCUUUGUGCUCCAGCAUUUAAAGAACCCCAUUGGUAUAAAUCUGGACAACAACUCCGUGGGUGAUGUUGGAGUGGAGCAGCUUCUUCCCUGCAUGCACAUUUGUAACUCCUUGUACCUCAGAAAUAAUAACAUUACGGAUGAGGGUAUUCGCAAACUGACUGACAAAGGUGUGCAGUGGGACAACUUCCAGAAAAUAGCGCUCUUCAACAACAGACUAACUGAUGCUUGCACUCAGCACUUUUCUUACCUUCUGAAGACCAAGCAGAAUUUCCUUUCUUUAAGGCUGGGAAACAAUAACAUAACAGCCGAUGGAGCAAAGUUGCUGGCAGAGGGACUGAAACAGAACCGUUCUCUCACGCAUUUAGGGCUUUGGGGAAAUCAUAUUGGCGAUGAAGGAGCAGAGGUCAUCGCCAACGCUUUAGAGAGCAGCCCAUCUCUGGUGUGGCUCAGCCUGGUGGGUAACGGCGUAGGUAGUGCAGGGGCCUGUGCUCUCUCCAAGAUCAUCAGGAACAGCCCGUCACUGGAGGAGCUCUGGCUGACAGACAACUGCAUAACCAGGACGGGGGCGGAAUCUCUCAUUGAAGCCUUGGAAAAAAAUCAGCGAGUGAAGUCAGUAUGGUUGAGAGGUAAUGACCUCAGCUCUGACGAAGUUACAAAAUUAAAUCAGCGAGAACCAAGGCUUCUUUUUUGAUAUUGUAAUGUGUCUGUUACUGAACAAACAAAUGUAUAUUUUGCAAUGUAGCUACUACUCUUCAUUGAAGUGCAACUGCUGUAGAACAGGAUUACAUAAAACAGUGAGUGACUUCUGCAAAUAUUCACUUUCUUCCUUUUUCGGCUUUAAAAACUUCACAUUUUAAUGAUUUUUGUACUUGUUUACAUCGUGGUUAAUUAAGUGGUUUAAAUCUGAAAAUACCUGAAAGGAAAGGAAAACGUUUCAAUACAAAAAUGAAGAACUUAAGGAUCCAAAUGCAUUUCAAACAACACAUAUUUGUUUUGUUUGUUUUACAGCCUCGUUUAGUUAGACUUUUUUAUUUUUUUACUGUUUUUUAUUUGUUUCUCAGUCUUGUUUACUUGACU